CUCGUUGGCAGUACAUCGAAGGUCCGGAUCGUGCCGCUUUUCGCUCGAACGUUUUUUGCACGAGUUUUUUCCAUACGUAUUUGUUCAUUGACAAAAACUCAAGCUGCGCUCUGUGCGUGCGUGUGUGUGCGAGUGUGUGUGUGUGAGAGGGCGCGUCUGUGUGAGUGCGGUGCUUUGUGUGCAGAAUAAUUUUUGCAAACAUUAUGUAAAUGCGCAAAUUAAAGUUCAAUCGACGCCAGUUUUGAGUACGAAACCAGAUCGCCUUGCUUUAAGUGCCACGGAGCAACAGUUUUUUCUUCCCAAUUUUUCGAAAAUAUACUCCCUCAGUAGGCACCCACACACCCAUACACAGGAUCUCAAGCGAUCCGCCGGAUAUACCUUUACCGUUACGAAAAUCCAAAAUGGCCACCACAGCGGCCGCAAUGGCCGCAACGAGUGUAGUUGUUCUGGAUCGCGGAAAUAAUACAACCUGCACCAUCAAUUUGCACGGUGCCACGGUCGUGUCCUGGCGGGUAAACAAUCAGGAGCAGUUGUUUGUCAGCAAACUGGCCUCAUUCGAUGGCAAGAAGGCGAUACGUGGUGGGAUUCCGUUUGUCUUUCCUCAGUUCGGUGCCUGGUCCUUCGGGCCACAGCAUGGAUUUGCGAGGAUUACCAGGUGGCACCUGGAGAGGCCGCCAGACAGGCUGCACAAUGGCGAUGUGGAGGCCAUAUUCUCGCUGAUGGACAACGACUUUACGCGAUCCAUCUGGAACUAUCAGUUUCGCAUCACUUAUCGGCUGAUCCUGCGCGAAAAGGAGCUGCACUUCCACAUAGGAGUCUACAAUCCCAGCAAGGAGCUGAGCUUCACCUUCAACAUGCUGCUGCACACCUACCUAAAGGUGCCCGAUGUGCGGCGAUGUCAGAUCACUGGCCUCCAGGGCUGCCACUUCAUUGACAAGACGCGGGAGAAUGCGCUCUAUCAGGAGGGACGCGAGGUGGUCACCGUCAAUGAGUGGACCGACAGGAUCUACCAGCACACGCCGCAGGAGCACGUCAUCACAAACGUGGUGUCCGGCCGGAAGAUGAGACUGCACAAGUACAAUUUUCCCGAUACGGUCAUCUGGAAUCCUUGGAUUGAUCGAUCGCGUGAGAUGAGUGACUUCGGGGACGACGAGUUCCCCAACAUGUUGUGCGUGGAGGCGGGCAAUGUGACCUCGCCGGUGAUCCUGCUGCCGGGCACCGCUUUCGAGGCCAGCCAGAUCCUUCAGCAAUUCAAGUGUCCUUAUACCAUAGACCCUUCCAGCUGGAAGAAAAACUAUCUAACCAACUUCCUACAAUACGACUAGAGUCAAUCAAGCCACCUCCAUAUUCCAAUUCAAAUUCUUUACUUUGCAUGCUAUCAGAUCAUCAUCGAGGGCAAUGUUAGUCGCAAGACCAAGCGGAAUCGCUAGCGUUUAAAGAAUCGGAACCCCAUGAGGUAAACCGAUUCGCAACCAUGUCAAAGCGCAAUUUUCCACAGAUGAGGAUCUGCGUCCGGAGAAGCAGGCGGAGAAUCAGGAUAAGCAGAAGGAGGACCACACGGUCUCUAGACUCUAAUCUAUCUAUUAAGUAAUCGUAAUGCCCUCUCUAGCAAUGUGUUGUGCAAAAAAUGAUAAAGAAUAGUACACUUAACUUCGUU